AGGGUAGCCCUGCGCCUGCCCUUGUAGGGAGCGGCAGCCGGAGCCUGAAGUGUCCUGGGGGACUGGGUAGGAGCUUAAGACAGGCGACCUAGGCAGGGAGGGCACAGACCAUCGCAUCAGGCAGACCUAGGCAUGGCCAGCAGGAAGACCAAGAAGAAGGAAGGGGGGGGCCUUCGGGCCCAGAGAGCAUCAUCCAACGUCUUUUCCAACUUUGAGCAGACCCAGAUCCAGGAGUUCAAGGAGGCAUUCACACUGAUGGAUCAGAACCGAGAUGGCUUUAUUGACAAGGAGGAUCUGAAGGACACCUAUGCCUCCCUGGGCAAAACCAACGUCAAGGAUGAUGAGUUGGAUGCCAUGCUCAAGGAGGCCUCAGGACCCAUCAACUUCACCAUGUUCCUGAAUAUGUUUGGGGCGAAGCUGACGGGUACGGAUGCCGAAGAGACCAUCCUAAAUGCCUUCAAGAUGCUGGAUCCUGAAGGCAAAGGCAGCAUCAACAAGGACUACAUCAAGCGGCUGUUGAUGUCUCAGGCAGACAAGAUGACCGCUGAAGAGGUUGACCAGAUGUUCCAGUUUGCCACCAUCGAUGCUGCAGGCAACCUGGACUACAAGGCACUGAGCUACGUGCUCACCCACGGGGAGGAGAAGGAGGAGUGAGGGGCAUGGCCCCAUCCCCACCUGGGCUGCAGCCAGUUCAAUAAACGUGAACCCACAAACCUG